AUGUCACGAUCAUCUGUUGCACAUGUAGACACAGUACCUAUUGAGGACUUUGACCCAUUUGAACUGAUUACUACCGAACAAUUGUAUAGUGAUAAAGUUAAUCUAUUGUACACUUGUAUACACUCUAUUGCUACUACAUUCCGAGGUGGUAAGCAUAUUCUACGAUCUGAAUUACGAGAUAAAUUGACCCGGUCUUUAGACGCUCUCAAAGAGCUUGCCUUACAGGGUCCGGAUUACAUACCUCCGCCGACUACAGCUGACGCGGAAGUAAAUACUUCUACUUUGGUGUGUUGUGAACUUCUGCAUCAACAACCUCUGCCUAUUGCAACUACACACGAUUCCACUGUUCUCACGCCUGUUAAAUCUUUGGCUUCUGCCUCGACUGUAGCACCUGCAUCAUCAUCUGCUGUCUCUUCAGCCCAAUCACCUUUUACUUUUGCAGAAGUGGUUCGACAGCCAGUACAACCUAGCAUUAUAAUAAAAUCCAAAUCAAAGAAAACAGCUGCUCAACUGCGUCAGGACCUACAGGUUCACGCACCGCUUAAUAAGCUUCAAGUUGCUGUCCAACGUAUUUCUUCUCUUCCUCAAGGUGGUUUAGAAGUCUUUUGUCGAUCUCCAUCUGACAUUUCUCGCCUUGAACAUAAACUUCAAGAUACAAAUCUGGACAUUGCUGUAACACGUCGCCAGCGUCGUAAGCCCAGGUGUGUGAUUCGAAACGUUCCUGAAGAUCUUUCAUCUGACGAUUUGAUAGCUGAAUUAAGUGCAGCUGCUCAUAUACAAAACAAUGGAAUCCGACCUUUGUUUAAACUUAAAGAACGUACCCCUAAAAGAGUACGCUGGAUUGUCGAAUGUGACUCCACCACCACUUUCCAGGCAGUCAUCGCAGUUCGAAAGCUCUUCUUCGGUUGGAAUGCACUUCCCAUCUCGGAAUUUCUGGGCAUCCUCAGAUGUUACAAGUGCCAGCAAUAUGGGCACACGCAGGAGCGCUGUACAUCACCAACCGUGUUCUGUGCCUAUUGCGCUGGCCCCCACAGUCUCAAAGACUGUCACGCCGAACUACCGGAGUGUAUCAACUGUCGAGACAGCAACCACCAUCAUGGCACCUUGUAUGACUACCGACACCCUACCUAUGCUUCAGAAUGUCCAUCAUAUCAACGCACAGCAGAAUACAUUCGAAGUAUCACCCAAUACAAUACUAGAAGUACUUCUACCAGCUCUUCUUCUACAAUUUCUAAUACACUGCCUUCACACAGUAAUGCUAAUUCCUCUACUCCUUCUGGUGUCAAAAGUUCUGCCAUGAAUCUAGAUUUUACUCCAGCUCUUGAACGUAUUAAUUUUAUCCAGAUCAAUUUACAAAAAUCUCGUGCUGCUACUGCACAUGCUGUUGAUUACGCAGUUAAUGCUAAAGCCGAUAUAUUAAUUGUUCAAGAACCCUACACGAGGGAUGGUAAGAUUGUGGGCUUUCCACUACGCUGGUCGAUAUAUCAACAUGUAAAUAAGGCAGAGCCUCCUAGAGCAGCAAUCGUAAUUCUUAAUCCCUUAUGGUCUCCACUUGUUCUCAAGACUGAUCGUGACCAUGUGGCUAUAUUACUGGAAUUAAUUGAUAUUAAAAUUAUCCUUUAUUCCAUUUAUUCUCCACCAACAGCGUCAUUGGAAUCAGCACUUCUAUUUCUAGAAUAUAUCCGGCAACAUUAUCCAGUGCCACAUAAUAUUAUAGCGGGCGAUUUUAAUGCCCAUAGUACAAUAUGGGGUUAUCCUCAAACAGAUGUUAGAGGUCGUCUUCUAGAGGAUUUUCUUAACUCAAAUAACCUAGUCCUUCAUAACACUAUUGAUGCUCCUCCGACCUUUGAACAAGCUUCUACAUAUGGAUGGCCUGAUCUCACUAUAUCCACGCCUCCAACAGCUGUCUAUGUACAAAAUUGGACGGUUGAUGAUAUCAGUGGCCUAUCAGAUCAUAAGUAUAUUCUCUUUCAAUUAGAGCAUACAACCAGUACAUCUAUUGUCCGUCGCUAUCGGCUGCCUGGGCAUAAAAUUGCUGUCUUUCGUCGUCGUGUUACUGCAUGUCUUCGCAAUUUAGUUCCACAUUUGCAUCGUUGCACGACGUCAACGGAGUUGAAUGAAUUCACAGUCCAUCUAAUGACAUCGAUACAGGCAAUUUGUAAUGAUCUUUUGCCGCAACGACAUACAAAGAAAUUGCAAUCAAUUACCUGGUGGAACUCUUCCUUAGGACAACAACAGCAGAAAUGCAGAUCUUUGAGACGGAAGCUCAAGCAAUUGCGACGUCUCGGCACCUCAGACCGACUAUUAGAAGUUUACCGGCACGAACGCGCCCGAUAUAAAAAAAUGAUUCUACAGGCUAAGCUUCAAUUUUGGCGUGAUUUUUGCACCAAUAAUACCGAAACUUAUGGUUUACAUCAUAAGUUAGCAUCGGAUAAAUUAUUCAAACCUGCGGUUUUGCAUUUUCCUCCACCAUCACAAGCCUCACCUACGAUCUGCUCUACGGAGGAAAUGAUUUCUAAUCUUCUGGAUGACAUUUUCCCAAUGGAUGAUGCUUCAGCAGAUACACAUCUUCAAGCUGACAUUCGCCGGAAUACAUCUCCUCCUAAUAAUACACCAGAUCCUGACUUCACGCUUUCAGAAAUCUCUUAUGUAGUUAAUCGUCUUCCAAAGAAGAAAGCACCUGGAUUGGAUGGUGUGGAUUAUGGCAUUAUUAAAGUUAUUAUCCUAUCUAAUUUAUCCUUCUUCCGUGACUUCUUUAACAAGCUUUUCCGCACUGGUACGUUUCCACCUGAAUUUAAGGUUGGUCAAGUUAUUCUCUUUUUGAAGAAGAACAGGGAUGCCCGUCUCUCAACAUCAUACCGUCCUAUUUGCCUUUUGUCUGCUAUGGGCAAGGUGUUUGAACGGCUAAUAGUACAACGCCUUAAACAUCAUCUUCAUAACACCAAUUUUCUUUCCGAUCGACAGUACGGUUUUCGUGCUGGUAAGACCACAUUGCAUGCUCUGAAGGAUGUUACCGAUGCCAUAUAUACGAAUAAACUGGCUGGCUACCACACGGCCUUUAUCAGUGUCGACUUGAAGUGCGCCUUCGAUACCUUGUGGUGGCCGGCCAUUAUUCAAGCCUUGCAACAAGCCAAGUGCCCUGUUAAUCUCUUCCAGACCUUCAGCAAUUAUUUGUCGGAACGCUCUCUUAUUUUUGUCCAUAAUAAUGGUCAAGUCCAUCGUUUGCAGAAUCGAGGUUGUCCACAGGGCUCCUGUGCGGGACCUGACUUAUGGACCCUCACUUUCAAUCAAAUUCUAGCUGCACAAUGGCCUGCACAUACAUCUACUUAUGCCUAUGCCGACGAUGUCGCUUUUAUUGUCCGUGGCAAAACAAGAGAAGAGCUUCAACGCCAUGCUCAAGAAACGUGCAACCUUUUUUCUACACUAUGUCUAAAUAUAAAUCUACAGAUUUCUGAAGAUAAAUCUUUUAUACUCCUGAUCCCGAAAAAGGGUGGAUCUCUGGCACGUCGACCCCGCAUCGAUAUUAAUAAUAAAAGAAUAAAGAUUGUUCGUCAGUUAAAAUACCUUGGCAUCGUCUUUGACGAUAAAUUGAACUGGGCUCAACAUCUUUUGCACAUUAAAAAGAAAACUUAUAACAUAGCAUAUAGGCUCCGACAGAUGAGUGGUUUUCAGUGGGGGCUUAACCCCCAUAUACAGAAACUUCUGUACCAAACGGUUAUUGUCCCCAUUGUGACCUAUGGGGCAGCUGUUUGGAGUCAACCAAUGCAGGGCCGUAAAAUUAUGAAACGACCCUACAAUCGACUACGUCUCCAUCCAGCUGCUUAUGGACUUGGUGUUCAUGUAACAUUACGUGAAUCUACACAACUGCCUGAUGGUGAUUAUUACAUUUACACUGAUGGGUCAAAAAUAGAAGAUAAUACUGGUUGUGCUUUUGCAGUUUUUCACCAUGGCACUUUAUUGCAUCAAUGGAAAGCACAUCUCCAUGGACAUAACAGCGUGUUCCAGGGAGAGGCCUUUGCCAUCGUCAAUGCCACUAAAUAUAUUCUGGAACAUCAAAUAUUGAACUGCUGCAUUGUAACGGACAGUCAGUCGGUCUUGGCUGCUGCAAUGAAUCCUGUGCAUCCAUCAAUAAUAAUUUCGCAACUUCAAGAACUACUUCGAUUAGGUGCUCACCUUAAUAUUCAAAUGUUUUGGACACGUGCUCAUAUGGGCACAAUUGGAAAUGAACUUGCUGAUGAAUUAGCUAAGCAAGCGGCCAUGAACGAUGAUGCUAUUAAUUCUCCUUUAGCUUGGCCCAUAUCACAUUUUCUUCGGAAACUGCACCUACAGUCAGUUAUGCAAUGGCAGGUCCUCUGGGAUGCAGAGGAUACUGGCCGCAGAGCGCAUUAUCACCUGGGCUAUGUUGAUGAGACUCGUCUUCUUGCCAAUUCACAAUUGGUAAGAUAUGUCACAGGUCACGGGCCUUUUCCCGUAUAUUUUGCCCGCUUUAACAUCACAUCAACUGAUCAAUGUGUUUGUGGCCAGGCGGGUACGCCUGAGCAUUAUGUAUCCUCUUGUGAACUUACACGAGAACUGCAUAUCCCUUUUCCUGCUCAACAUCAGCAGGCUUUUAGUAAGUUUUUAAUCAAACAACGACAUCUUGUUCGGAAACUGACUGCCAUCAUGUCAAAACUUAUGCAUCUUGGUACCGACUUAUGUCAACCUGUCUAA